AUGGCUUCAAAAUGUACAAAAACAAAAUGUGUGAAAUCAGGUAAAGAAUAUUUGCAAUGCAUUCAAUGUUUUCAGUGUGAAAAUAGUUUUCACAUAAAAUGGUUUGGUUUGAGUGAUGAAGCUAUUGAAGUGACACGUAGUUUCGAUAGUUUUAAAUGGUUUUGUAAUAUUUGUCUGAAGAAGUUAUGCAAAGUUAAAACACUCUCUAAAAUGGUCAGUGACAACAAUGAUGAAAUCAACUUAAAAGUCGAAAAAAAUGAAAUGAACGGUUUGCUAAAAAAUGAACUUAAAUUGAUAAAAGAGAUGUUGAACAAUAACAGUGCAAAAUUAGAUAACCUUGAUAGGCCUGAUAGCAAGUUAUCUGCCGAGAUCAGCACAUUCAAAAGUGAUUUGAAAUCUUCUUUGCUACUGUUGUUGGCCAAGAAGUGA